AUGUUCAUAACAUUGGCAGCACCUACUUUGCAUCCGUCUGCUGAGCAGUUCGAUAACCCUAUCAAGUAUCUAUCUUCUCCAGAAAUCAUUGCUGUCGGCAAAAAGUACGGGAUUUUGAAGAUCAGACCACCGCAAGGAUGGCAGCCCAGAUUUGCUCUAGAUAGAAAGCGAUUUUCUUUUCACACUAGACUACAAGAUUUGAAAGAUUUGAGCUUAAUAAACCGUUCUAGGGAUUUCUUCUUCCAAGGAUUCAACAAUUACUUGAAGAUGAGAGGUAAGAAUCCUCUCAAAUCUUCCAAGAACAGAAGAAGAGGAAGAAAGCAAAAGCACCCACUGACUACUUCAGAUUUACCAAAAGAUUAUGAUGGAUUUUUGACUUUGAUAGAUGGCCAGAGAACUCAUAUAUUUGAUAUCUUUAAUGAAAAUGACUUCAAAAAAUAUUCCUAUCUAAUCAAAGAUAGAGAACUUCUUAAGGACUUGAUCAGGUAUUCGAAAUAUCUGCAAAAUGAAAAGAAGGAGGAGCCUCCGAAAUUUGAAAAUGAUUUAUCUCUCAGGGAACUACUUGAAAACGAUAUUGGCAGUCUAGCGGACAGCAAGAAUGGAUGUGUUCUAUGCCAUUUGGACAGUGAUCCCUCUCGAACUUUACUUUGUGAUGGCUGUGACAGAAGCUUUCAUAUGUCAUGUUUGGAUCAUCCUUUGAAAACCAUACCCAAAAGCAAGUGGUUUUGUAAAGAUUGCUUGGAUGGUACCAACGGAGAUUAUGGAUUCGAGGAGGACUAUGAUAAUAUAUUCACCUUGAAAGAGUUCGAAGAAGAUUGCAAAGAAGUCAAGGAUGAUUACUGUGACAGUCAUUUCUCUGAAAAUAGAAAUCCCUCCGUUGAUAUCUUGGAAAAAGAGUUUUGGUCGCUAGUUAGUCAUCCAUCCAAUGACAAGACAAGUGGUGUUGAAGUCAGAUAUGGUGCGGAUAUUCAUAACGAGGAGAAGGACCAAGUUUCUGGUUUCCCCACGACUGAAAACUUCCUAGUGGACACAGAGAAGGAGGCGUAUUACAUCAGGCAUCCUUUUAACCUGACCCAGCUACCAUUUGCAGAUGGAUCAUUAUUAAACUACAUUAAAAGUGAAGACAGGAAGCAAAUUUCUGGAAUGACUGUUCCGUGGUUAUAUGUUGGUUCGAUGUUCUCCACUUUUUGCUGGCAUAAAGAGGAUCAUUACACUAUGAGUGCCAACUACUGCCAUCUUGGAUCUACCAAAAAAUGGUACGCUAUUCCUGCAUGCGAUUGUGAGAAGUUUGAAUCACUAUGCAGGAAGAUCAGCCCAGCCUACUUUGAUAAGCAACCAGGCUUGCUUCACCAGCUUGUAACAUUAGUAUCUCCGGAAGAGAUUGAGAAAGAGCAAUCCGAUAAGCCAGAGUCCAAGAAGGUACAUAUUUUUUCUGUGGAUCAGGGACCAAACGAGUUUGUGAUUACUUUCCCCAAAGUCUAUCAUGCAGGAUUUAACUGCGGAUUCAACGUAAAUGAAGCAGUGAACUUUACAAUGCCAUAUUGGCUAGAAUACGGUGAACAAUCAAUUCAAGAGUACAGAAGAGUGAAGAAGGAGAAUGUUUUCAACUACUAUAAACUUCUCAGGAACAUUAUGGAUGAUAAUUUGGCUUCGGGAGGUGUGCAGCUUACUAAGAGUAAAGAAAUGUUUACAGAGCAGGUUGUGUCGAGCAUGCUAAAGCAAUCCUUGCGCAACUACAAAAAUUGUGUGAAUAAGUUUGGUGAAGUUAUGAAAAAUGAUACCUUAAAUAAAUUCUUGGAGGGACUUCCGAUCGAAAAGUACCAGAACUAUGUGAAGGAAAAACUACGGAGAGAAGACGAACGAAAGACCAAAAGGUAUCAUGGCAGAGGCGACGUUUAUAGGAUGAAUCCUUCCCGUGCAAGUGAGGACUAUCCAGACGAAUACAUUUGUCAUGAUUGUAAGUCAUUUGUGAAUUUUCAGUGGGUUGAAGUUGAUUUACUCAAGGAAUUAGAAGGUAUCCAAAAUGCUCUGGAGGUUAUAGAGAUUAAGCACGAGGACAAUCAGCAACAACUACCUACACCGAACCAAACACCAGAGCAGGUUCAGAAAUCUAAAUUUGGUGACUUCGAAUCUGAAUGGACUCAGAUCAUAAGAAAAGCACGAGAAGAGAGUGAGGAGAAAGAUACCCGUCGUAGGUUAAGGAAGCACAAGUCUGAUGUCACUGGUCAUCAUUCUCUGUUGGGUGAAACAACAAGUAGUUGCAAAAGAAUGAAAUUGGUUAGUCGAAUGAAACAUAAGCGAAUCAAGCAUGCCAACUACGGUAAGAUCAUUUUCUGCAUGGACUGUCUCUCUAAGGAGCUUUCGCAUCUGAAUCCCGAUUAUCUCAAUAGGUUGAAAUUGUCCACGACUCUUUACGACGACAGCAAUUUGAUGGAGUUGCAGGACUACAUUAAUAACGUGCUUGAGCCAGAGAUCAAUAAAACAAUUUAG